GCGGGGCCGGGGGAGGGGACGCCCUAGGGAGAGUAAAAGGGAGCAAAGCAAAGGUCUGUAGGCAGAACCGAGGGGGCGCGGGGCAGUGCUGGGCACCGGCUGCUCACAGCCGAGACAGCAGCCGAGACGACGGAUCGAAGGGUGCAGUGCAGUGCACCCUCCUGCACAGGGCGCCAUGCCCCACGAGCAGGCGCCCCUCUGAGCCUUGCGGAGAGGCAGUGACAACAGGACUAUGGAAGGGCACCCCUGAAUGGAAAGAGACUACAGAACUGAUCAGACAGGAUGGAAGACAAGGAAGGCUUCUGAAGAAUCAAGAAGGAUAAUAUGAAACUGGCUUCUUCUGAAGUUCUGGGUCUUCCCCACUGCUGAAGUGAAUACUAAGACCCCCGAUGUGUCCAGAGACAUUCUGAAGAGGUUGAGGAGCUAAGGAGCCUUGGGGCACCCAGAAGGAGAUUCCCAAAGCCAACUCAGAGCCAGAGAAUUUGCCUGCUACUUGAGUGUCCUCCGAUUCUUCCCUGCCUGAAUCCCUGUUGCUAUGGAGACCACCAAUGGGACUGAAGUCUGGUAUGAGAGUCUGCAUGCUGUUCUGAAGGCUCUAAAUGCCACUCUUCACAGCAACUUGCUCUGCCGGCCAGGACCAGACAACCUGACUCAGGAGCGGCAGGCCAGCCUACCCGGCCGUGAUGACAACUCCUACAUGUACAUUCUCUUUGUCAUGUUCCUAUUUGCUGCCACCGUGGGCAGCCUCAUCCUGGGAUACACCCGCUCCCGCAAAGUGGACAAGCGCAGUGACCCCUACCACGUGUACAUCAAGAACCGGGUGUCUAUGAUCUGAUGCGAGAAACCCAGGAUGCUGAAGAUCAAGACACCUGAGCGUUGAUUGACUUCUGAGACCUCCAGAACUCAGCCAUGGCUCCCGUCAGGCCUCAGUGUUCCUAUGUACAAGGUCAACGAGACACAGUGCUAAGGGAUGUCAUUACUGGGCUGGGGAGAGAAGGGCAGACCUAGGCCUUGUGGGGAAAAAAGGACUUUUUUCCAGCAAAAGACUUGAUAUACAUGAUAGACAGUGGGAACUAUGAACAAAUACAUACAAGUAGCAAAAGAUAAUAA